UCCUCUGUGCAUCAACAAAAAUCCAAUUUUUAUCAACUCUUCAUCUCCAAAAUUCAAUUUUUAUCAAAUCUUAAUCUCAAAAAUCCAAUUUUUAUCACCUCUGCAUCUCCAAAAUCCAAUCUUGCGCUCUGAUUCGGCUCAAAGGUGGAAGCUUUGGGAGCAUGGCGUCGGAUUAUAGCCCGCCAUUGCUCAACGAUGAGCUGUCCAAGCGCACGGUGAUCUUUGGGCUUCAUCUCUGGGUCAUAGUCGGCAUCGGCGUUGGCGUCGCCUUUGUACUUCUUCUCGUUAUCAUCUCCCUCUGGAUCGCCUCCAAGCGUUCCACCACAGUUCCUCCCCCUUCUCGCAAGCCCACCAUUCCUUCAAUCUCUAAAGAGAUUCAAGAAAUCCAUGUCGAUCCUUCAGUCCCCAAGCCACUCGCCCAAAUUCUCUCCCAUUCACAGCCUGAUUCUGAUCCUCUAACUGAACGCCAAGCUUUGCUUGUUUCUCCUGAUGAAGAGGCUGCAAUGGGGAUGAAUAGGAUUCAGAUUGAGAUAGGCAAAGAUCAUAGGAUUGUGUAUCCGGAGCGUGGAAGCGGCGGCGGGUCCUCUCAUGGCAGUGGCGAUAGCCGGUCGGCGGAGCAGACGGCGCCGGCCCCGCCAGAAGUCUCGCAUUUAGGAUGGGGCCAUUGGUACACUCUGAGAGAGCUUGAGGCAGCUACCAAUAUGUUUGCUGAUGAGAAUGUUAUUGGAGAGGGAGGCUAUGGCAUUGUUUACCAUGGUGUUCUGGGGGAUAACACUCAGGUUGCUGUCAAGAACUUGCUCAAUAACAGGGGACAAGCUGAGAGGGAGUUCAAGGUUGAAGUGGAAGCAAUAGGUCGAGUUCGGCACAAGAAUUUAGUGAGAUUGCUUGGUUAUUGCGCGGAGGGUGCUCAUAGGAUGCUUGUUUAUGAGUAUGUGGACAAUGGGAACUUGGAACAAUGGCUUCAUGGAGAUGUUGGUCCUUGUAGCCCGCUUACUUGGGACAUUCGUAUGAACAUUAUUCUUGGAACAGCGAAAGGGUUAAUGUAUUUGCAUGAGGGGCUUGAGCCGAAGGUAGUUCAUCGGGAUGUUAAGUCUAGCAACAUAUUGCUCGACCGGCAGUGGCAUGCUAAGGUGUCAGAUUUCGGGCUUGCCAAGCUUUUAGGCUCGGAGAGAAGCUAUGUCACAACACGGGUCAUGGGGACGUUCGGCUACGUUGCACCUGAAUAUGCCAGCACCGGGAUGUUGAAUGAGAGGAGUGAUGUGUAUAGUUUUGGAAUUCUUAUUAUGGAGAUAAUUUCCGGUCGCAAUCCGGUUGACUACAGCAGACCUCCGGGAGAGGUCAAUUUGGUUGAUUGGCUGAAGUCAAUGGUCAGCAAUCGAAACUCCGAGGGAGUUCUAGAUCCUAAGUUGCCUGAGAAACCUUCAUCGAGGGCAUUGAAAAGGGUUCUUUUGGUAGCACUUCGAUGUGUCGAUCCUGAUGCUCAAAAGCGACCUAAGAUGGGGCAUGUCAUACACAUGCUUGAGAUCGAUGAUUUCCCGUACAGAGAUGAUCGUCGAAUUGGCCGAGAAGGAAGGAUGCAAGAGAAACCUGGUGAAUGAACAUGAAAACGAACCGGCGCCCACGAGAACAAGAAGUUGAAGUUGGUGAAUCCAAACAAGAGCUCUGUGAAUUCAUGCAUACAACCUUCGAAAAAGUUUCCGUUCCGGCCGAUAUCAGACCUACUAGUUUUUGCAUGACUUCACUGCAAAUUAUGCAACUAUCAUGCACCUUCUUGUAUAUUUUGUUCCUGGAUUUACCAAUAAAGCUUCUGAGCUUUUGCUGUUAUAAUUUUAAGUGUCAUGUUCCAUCUUAGUUUCGGCCAUUGUGUAGAUGUUUGUAUAAUUUUAUGCCCUCUGUAAAUCUAGCAUUCAUGCAAUUCAAAAUUUGUCCUGGAUCAACAUGCUGCUCUUUUUUGUUUCA